AUGGGGGUAAAUGUUCCACGCGAAUUGGAAGAUGAAAUCCUCUCAAGAGUUCCAGAAAAAUCACUUGCAAGAUUCAGAUCUGUAUGCAAGCAGUGGAACACGCAGCUUGUCGAUGAGACCUUCCUCGAGCAGCACUCGUCUCGUAUGGACUACAACUAUGACGAUUAUGGUGAUCAACAUCGGAUUAUAAUAAAUAAUGCUUGUAGUAGGUUAUCUUCCUUGGACAUGGUUGGUCCGUCUUCAGCAUCAAUCAACGACAUAAGUCUCAUAAACAGAAAAUACCCUCACGAGAUGCGCAAGAGGAUCAAAGUGUACAAGAUUGUUCACUGCACUGGUCUACUAUUGUGUGUCAUGGACAACCAGCUUUUGGUAUGGAACCCGAUGUUGAAAGAGACACGAUGGGUCAAAUGCGGCAGUGACUUCCAUUGUUUUGAUGAUGCCUACGGUCUUGGAUUCGUCCGCCAAUCACCACCACCAACACAUCGCAGCUACAAAAUCGUUAGGUUUCGAUGUGCUCGUAACGACAGAGAUCGACCUCCAAGGGUUGAAGUCUACGAAUUCGCUUAUAAUAGUUGGAAGGUUAUAGCUGAUAUUACUUUUGAUUGGCAUCUUAAAUUACCACUGUCGAACGUGUCUCUUGGGGGAAAUCCAUACUGGAUUGGUCUCCGACAAAAUGAUGCUUUCAUACAAAGCUUCGAUUUUUCCAAAGAAAGAUUUCAACCCUUGGAUCAACAGCUUCCUUUUGGGUAUAAUGAGCAUAAUCCUAUAGCACUGGAGGCCUUUCGGGGAAACAAGCUUUCUCUGUUAGAGCAAUGUCAUCUAACAAGGAAGAUAUCCAUAUGGGUGAGACAUUUGAUAACACCUUGGACCAUACUAAUGGUCGUGACUAUACCACAUUUUCCUAUGUUACAUCAACCUCCUCCCCCACAAGUAAAGAUACGUGCAUGGUUGUAUCGUAGUCGCUUCUCUAUAAGUUAUUUUGUCGAUAGAAACGACGAGACACUCGUCGUAUCUGUAUUUGACGAGGGUCCUAGGUCUGUUAGCAUUUACAGAGUCAGAGAAAAGGAGUUCCAAAGAGUUUUUGUAGACACAGCCGGAAAUUCGUGCAGCUACGUACCUAGUCUAGCUCAUCCUCAUGGAUCCUCCAUGCAAGACACAACCCGCAUACGAUAUAGGAAAAAUAGAUUCAACUAG